CGCGCGCCCGCCCGCUGUGUCAUCCUUUCAGCCCGGCCCGGUUCACCUGUCCGACACGCGACAAGCCCGCUCCGACUCUCAGGGACCGGGGAUGCAGACGAUCGCAGUAACUCAGUGAUUAUCUGAGUCGAGACGUCAUAGAAACGCAACAGGAUGGGGAACGAAAAGCACCAGAGUCCACCCGCCGACCGCGGUCAGGCUGUCGCCCUCGUCAUCUUUGUGCUCGGCCUGGGAACUCUGCUGCCCUGGAGCUUCUUCAUGACGGCCUCUCAGUUAAAGUAUUUCAACGAGCGUCUCACACUUCCCAACGUCUCCUGUAACGGCACACCAGGCGGUACAGCUAAGGACUACAACUAUGACAGCUGGAUGGCCUUGCUUUCCCAGCUGCCCCUGCUGCUGUUCACCCUGCUCAACUCUUUCCUGUACCAGUGGGUGAGGGAGCCCCUCCGCGUGGCCUUCAGCCUGAUCGGCAUCCUCCUCCUCUUCUCCCUCACCGCUGCUCUGGUCCAGGUCCCCAUGCAGCCGGACACCUUCUUCUCCGUCACCAUGGCAACCAUCUGGUUCAUCAACACGUUCAGCGCGGUGCUGCAGGGCAGUCUGUUCGGUGUGGUCGGCCUGUUUCCUCCCCGUUACAGCACUCUGUUCAUGAGCGGUCAGGGUCUGGCCGGGAUCUUCGCUGCGCUCGCGAUGCUGUUCUCCAUCUUAAGUAACGCAGAUAAAAGCUCAGCUGCGUUGGGAUACUUCAUCACUCCGUGCGUUGCCACGCUGGCGACUCUGCUGUGUUACCUGUUCCUGCCACACCUGGAAUUUGCUCGUUUUUACCUAAACAGAAGUCAGUCUGAGAAAGGGAAGACGACGCAGGAACUCAUGAGCAGUACAGACAAAAUCGUCUUGAACAACAAUGGUAAAGACCUCGAGGCCGACGGGAAGUUCAUCAGUACGCCAGAAGAGAAUCCGGAGCGUUCCUCCGUCCUGAAUGUCUUCAAAAAGAUCUGGCUGAUGGCUGCGUGCGUGACGUGUGUGUUUGCCGUCACCCUGUCGGUGUUUCCUGUGAUCGCAGUCCGAGUGCAGACCGUCUACACGGACAACGCUGCCUGGAAGAAAGUGUUCACCUGCGUUUGCUGCUUUGUCGUUUUCAACGCCAUGGACUUGGCCGGCCGCAGCGCCCCGUCUGUCGUCCAAUGGCCCUCGAAGGAGAGCGUUCUGUUUCCUGCCGCUGUGUUGUCUCGCCUGGUCUUCAUCCCUCUGCUCAUGCUGUGCAACGUCCACAACUCCAGACUCACCGUGCUCUUCAGUCACGACUGCGCCUUCGUCACCAUCAUGGCCCUGUUCUCCUUCUCAAACGGAUACCUGGCGAGCCUCUGCAUGGCCUACGCUCCACAGCUGGUGCGGUGUAAGGACUGUGAGACAGCCGGCUCUCUGAUGAGCUUCUUCCUCGUUCUGGGUCUGGCACUGGGAGCGUCUUUCUCCUUCCUCCUGGGAAAACUGGUUUAGACGACGACUGGGACGAGUAGACCACGUGAGAGUCUAGUGAUCCUGUCGGUUUCAUCCUGUCAAGAAAAAAAGAAGUAUAAGCACUUUGUAUUGGGACUAUUAUUUUGUGAGCAUAUUCAUAAUAGUGAAGGCUCAUAUUUGUAUAUCAGUAUAAACACAUCUGCAUCUUUGCAAAUUUUCAUUUUUAGUC